UCUUUGAACCAUAUGGGACAAAAAGGGAGCCACCUAUCUGCAGCCAGUUUGCUUUAAAAGAAACAAAAGACAAUAAUCAGGCAUACAAAAUACCUGAAAAAUGUAUUUUCCAAGUCAGUUCCUUGAUGUCAAUUCACAAUCUUGGUCCCAACGGACUUCUUGAACAAGACAACUAAUCGUUAGUCACUAUGGGAAUUUCUUGGGCAAACACUGAUCUGCUCUAGUCGUUGCCCUACUAUAUUAUGGAGUUCCUUCCAUUGCAGGACCAACACAUCCCCAUCUCCAAAACCAGCUUGCUUCAGCUAUGGCAGACGGGACCAAAGCUGUCUUCUUAGCACUUGACAAUGCUAAAACUCAACUCUACCAUUUUAAGGCUAUAAUUAUAGCUGGUAUGGGAUUCUUCACUGAUGCAUAUGAUCUCUUCUGCAUCACUACUGUCACCAAGCUCCUAGGGCGUCUAUACUAUUAUCACCCAGACCUACCUAAGGCUGCCCCUGGUAAGCUUCCAGACGAUGUCAACAAUGCAAUAACUGGGGUUGCUCUAUGUGGAACUCUAGUAGGACAACUUUUCUUCGGGUGGCUUGGGGAUAAGCUUGGCAGGAAGAAAGUUUACGGCAUAACUCUAGUUACCAUGGUAGGGUGUGCCUUGGCUUCUGGCCUUUCCUUUGGCUCCACAGCUAAAAGUGUGGUUGGCACUCUUUGCUUCUUCCGCUUUUGGCUGGGUUUUGGCAUUGGAGGCGACUACCCACUCUCUGCUGUAAUCAUGUCUGAAUAUGCCAACCAAAAAACCAGAGGAGCUUUCAUUGCUGCUGUGUUCGCAAUGCAAGGAAUGGGAAUACUUUUUGCAGGAGCUGUAUCCACAAUCGUGUCCAAAGCAUUCAUGGAGGCUUUUAAAGCUCCCGCAUUUAGCGAAAACCACAUCCUGUCCACUCAGCCACAAGCAGAUUCUGUUUGGAGGCUUGUUCUGAUGUUCGGUGCAGUCCCUGCAGCUUUAACUUUUUAUUGGAGGAUGAAAAUGCCUGAGACUGCUAGGUACACUGCCUUGGUUGAGGGAAACCAAAAGAAGGCUGCCGCAGAUAUGGCGAAGGUGCUUGAAAAAGACAUUUAUGUUGAAGAAACAAGUUCCAAGGCUCCUCUCAAUCCCACUUCUUCUUACCGACUCUUCUCUUCUGAGUUCUUUAGCAGGCAUGGGACUCACCUUCUCGGCACAACCAGUACCUGGUUUUUAUUAGAUAUUGCCUUCUACAGUCUCAAUCUAGCCCAGAAAGAUCUUUACCCUGCCAGUGGACUCGUAAAUAAAGCCUCAACAAUGAAUGCAUUAGAAGAGAUGUUCCAUAUCUCUAAAGCAAUGACCCUAAUUGCACUCGUUGCAACUGUGCCUGGAUACUGGUUCACUGUCUUCCUGAUUGAUAGGAUCGGAAGGUACAUAAUUCAACUCGGUGGCUUCCUCCUCAUGUCCAUUUGCAUGGCAAUUCUCGGAUUUCAGUAUGGGAACCUCAGAGGAGAGAAAAGCAAGUGUGAUGUAAAUUCCAAAAAGGAUUAUUGUGAUGGCAACCCCAUAUUGUUUACAGUUCUCGUUGGGCUUACUCUCUUCUUUGCCAACUUUGGACCCAACAGCACUACAUUCAUCGUCCCAGCAGAACUCUUCCCUGCGAGAUUCCGCUCAACCUGCCAUGGUAUCUCUGCAGCAGCAGGAAAAGCUGGGGCUAUAUUCGGUGCAUUUGUUGUACAGACCUACACACUAGAAGGGGAUUCAAAUAAAAUCAAGAAGGCAAUCAUUGGACUUUCUGUGGUAAACUUGUUGGGUUUCUUCUUCUCUUUCUUGGUGCCUGAAACAAAAGGUAGGUCGCUUGAGGAAAUCUCUGGAGAGGACAAGGAACUUGAAGGCCGUGCAGCAAAUGAGAACGGCAGAAACUAUAAUGGUAGUUCUGAGGUGGUUUAAUUCUUAGGUGUGCAUAUUCCUUUUCUUCAUGAUCUUCACAAGUAUGCAUCAGUAGUUAAUAAGAGCAAGCAUGUUUCAUCUUUUUAUUACUCUAAACAGAUAUAAAUAAAGGAUGGACAAAAAACUGUACUCUGCUUCUCAGCUGAGGGAGUGUAACCAUCCAAUCACAAAUAAUUUUUAUUACCAAAAAACAAAAAGAACAAAAAAAAAAA